AUGGGGCUUGCCAUAGAUGUUUGGGCCCUGGGAUGCGUGGCCGUUCAGAUGGUGCUGGGCUUUGACGCCUUGUUUGCUCUUGCCGACAAGCACGAGGUCCUUUCGCCCAAGGCAGUGGCCGCGGCGUGGCCAUCCUACGAACCUGUGGCCCUGCGCGCCCUCGUGUUUGACUGCCUGCUGGUGCGCGACCCCGCGCAGUGCGCGUCGGUCGCCCAGGUCAUGGCGCACUCGUUCUUCGAGGGGCUUGACUGGGAGGCUGUGCGGAAAGGAGCCACCUGGGCGUGA